AUGUAUUUACCGAGCUGCACCUUCCCGUCCAAGUCCGACUUUGGCUCCAUCCCGCCGCCGUUCCUCACGGAGGGUGGCGCGGCUCUGCUGGAGCACAGCGGCGCGUCGGCUCGGUACCGGGGCUGCUGCUUCCACGAGCCCCUGCAGCAGUACCCUCCCCCGGGCAAGUGGACCCUGUACCCGGGGGAGGCGGUGUACCACCAGGGGCUCUCGUCCCCGCCGGAGACUCUCUAUAAGGGCGGUAAGGAGUGCUUCCUGAGCGGGGGGCCGGUUUACGGCGCCUCGGACCCGCGGCUUCACGCACACGCGUUCGCCGGAGACCCGCGGAGCUUCCCCGGGAGAUACGCGACGUACCACGGGGACUCGCAGCUCCUCUUCCCGGCGGCGCGGAACAGAAUCCUGCUGCCGGUGUUCGACCAGUUCAUCGCAGAGGAGGCGGAGAGUCCGAGGACCGGGAUCGCAGACCGGGAGAAGGAGACGAGUCGCACCGGAUGGACGAGCUGUCCCAGCGGGGAGGGCGGCGAGGUGAGGCCGGUGUCAGAGUCACCGCUGACGGGGAAGGAGGACGACGAGGACGCGCCCUCAUCCGGCGGCGCUGGAGGAGACUGCAGCCAUGACCGGACAGAGUCCUCUGGGAAGAGGAAGAAGCGCUGUCCUUACACCAAGCAGCAGAUCAGGGAGCUGGAGAGAGAGUUUCUCUACAACAUUUACAUCAACAAGGACAGACGCAUGCAGCUGUCCCGCCUUCUGUUCCUGACAGACCGACAGGUGAAGAUCUGGUUCCAGAACAGAAGAAUGAAAGAGAAGAAACUGAAAAGAGAGAGACUACAGUACUACACACAGUACCACCUGUUCUGA